AAAGGACAUCAAUUCACCUUGAGAGUGAGAGAGAAAGAGGAAAGAAGGAAAGAGAAAGAGAUUCCAUUUUAAUCUGAGGCUACCUCUAGGUGCUAUUUCACUAGACUUUUCACUGUAAUACAUUCUGUAAUCAUAGGUGUUUGAUGAAGAAUGGACCCUAUUUUAGCCUAUUACAUGUUUACUUGUUACACUAUUAUUUAAACAAACUUCUCCCACUUGCUUCAACUUCAUCUUAUCAACCCUUCCCUGUUUGCUUUUUUCACAAUUCACUUCCUUUUAUUCUAGAGAGAAGGGGAGAGGAAUAGAGAGAGAGUGAGAGAGAGAGAGGGAGAAAAAUAGCACAAAGAUGGAGCUUUCUCAACUUGGUUUUCUGGAUGAGCUGCUUGCUCCAAGAAAAGACACUUGGAGUGCUUUGUCUACUGGGUUGAAUGAGUUACUUCCUAGUGCUUGGAGCUUUGACUCUUUUGAUGAGAACCAGGGUUUAGCAACUUUGAAUCCUUCAUUUGCUGCAUUUUCAACCCCACUAGACCACAGGUUUGAAUGUCCUUAUGGAAGUGAAGCAACCCACCCUUUUGUUGAUGAGUUCUCAUUGCCAGAGCUUGAAUCAUUAUACACCAGAAAUGAUGAGUCAGCACCAGUUCUCCCACAAGAAGAUAACCCAUCAUUGGAGGAUGAAGAGUUUGGCUUUCUGGGAAGUGAUAACCAGAGUUUGGAGCAAGCAAAAAAUGGCUGCAAAAUUGAGGAACAAUUGACAGAGAUUCCAGUCUUCAACAUGGGUUUGUGUGCAGAGAAAAAGCUCAAAUCCAAAAAGCUGGAAGGGCAGCCCUCAAAGAAUCUCAUGGCAGAAAGAAGGAGAAGAAAGCGUUUGAAUGACCGUCUUUCCAUGCUAAGGUCAAUAGUCCCGAAGAUUAGCAAGAUGGACAGGACCUCCAUUCUCGGAGACACCAUUGAUUACAUGAAAGAGCUUCUAGAAAGGAUAGGUAAGUUGCAAGAAGAAGAAAUGGAGGAGGGAACAAAUCAUAUAAACCUCUUGGGCAAUUCUAAGGAGCUAAAGCCAAAUGAAGCAAUGGUAAGAAAUUCCCCCAAGUUUGAUGUUGAGAGAAGACAGCAUGACACAAGGAUUAGCAUCUGCUGUGCUACAAAGCUGGGAUUACUCCUGUCCACAGUGAAUACCCUAGAAGCAUUAGGCCUUGAGAUUCAUCAGUGUGUUAUAAGCAACUUCAAUGAUUUUUCAAUGCAAGCAACCUGCUCUGAGGCAGCUGAGCAGAGAAAUUGUACGAGCCCGGAAGAUAUAAAGCAAGCAUUAUUCAGAAAUGCAGGUUAUGGUGGAAGAUGUCUGUAAGAGAAAGAUGGAAAGCUGAAAUAACAAUUUGCUGAUGUUGAAAGAGAAGCAAAGUUCUCCCUUUUGUAAUUCUAGAUUAGGGUAUUAGAAAGUUUAAUGAGAUUUCCCAAUAAGUUGGCUUUGAUUGAUGGUUUGAUUCUUACAAGUUUCAACUUUACCCUGUAUUUUAACAUACUAUAGGGGUAUGUUCAGUUGAAGCCUCACUUUCAACUUGUGAUGAAUAUCCAAUUUUAUAGUAAUGAAAAAGGCUUGUUGCCAAACA